UAUAAAACUUCCGCUCACCCCUAUCUGUUCUUUUUUUUUUUCCCCUUACUAUUCAUUAUAAAUCCGUCAAAUAUGAAUCCACCGCAAUCCCAGAUUAUAUCUGGUCCAGCAUUUGGUUCCAGUAAAAAAUUCCAAUUCAUUGAAAUGACGCCAAUGGAAUAUUUGCUCAAAGUCAUCAACAACGUACGUCAAGUCCCAACAUCCGAUCAGUCACCUUCUACACACCAAACAAUGUCUAUUGAAUCUAUUUUGGAUUCCAAUGGUGGACCACACCGCCAACGACAUCAUUCGUUGCCUACAGACCAUUCUUCUUCCUCUUCCUCUAUCUCUUCCAUGACCGUUCUUCCACCCGCUACCAAAGAUGAUACCGCCGUACUUGAAUCUUCCAGGAAGCGCUUCCACAUUGCCUGCUUCGCCUCCCAUGACACGUCGUACUAAUACUAUAAGUUGUCUUCACGCUGUCGUGGCACAGAAAUCAUAUGGUUCAGAAAAACGAUUCUUAUGUCCACCCCCCAUCGUCUCGAUCAAGGGUGAUUUCCAUGACCAACCGCUCGUUUCCAUGUCAGUGAUUUGUGACGGGGCCAAUGAGAAACCGACAGAGCAACACACGCUGCUGGAUGAACACAUGCAAGGAAGUUUCAAAUACCUGCAUGCUUCCGGGGUGACCAAGUCCAAGCAAUUCUACCUAAAGGUCGACUUGCGUCCCAAUGUCCACAACAACAGCAACAAUAACGCCACCAACGCUUCGCAUCCCUCGUCGCCCUCUCCGGGAACCAAACCUUACGCUACCUUUCUGUCUAUGCCGAUUUCUCUCAUUUCCAAACCAUCAAAAAAGACGGCCAAAGCACGCAACAUUUCCACUUGCUUUUUGGCCAAUUCCAUGGUCGCGCUCUAUAACCGCAUCAACUCGCAAACCGUACGAACCAAAUACAUGACCUCAGAAAAGGGACGUUUAUGUGGGAAAGCGUCGUCAUGGUCCGCCUUCAAAAUCCUUGUCUUGCAGCAACCGCAAAAUCACAACCACGGUCGUAUGAUCAGAUCGUAUGCCCCGCCAUCUCAGACACCUGCGCAUAUUACGUACGGCACCGAGAUUAUUUUGGAAGACGUGAAUACCGGCGUCACCUCCCCGCCGCUCAUUCUGCGCAAAGUAGAAAAGGGCCACAUCGCAAGCUGCUCGUUUGCACCGAUGAAUCAGAUGCAAAAAGUCGCUCUUCAGUUGUCUUCUUCCGUAGGCAAGGAGCCCAUGUAUCUCAGUUGCGACCGAGUGUCGCCUUCUUGCCAAGGCGAUGUCGUCGACGACGCCAAUAACAACUACGCUCACAGUGCCACUAUUUGGUUGGAUUUUUUCCGCUCACGAUGUCUUGCCGAUGGCAAAGAGGCUGUAGACGAUUUCUUAUGCUGGACAAUUGUUGGCGUGUCCAGAUUCGAAUACACCUAUGCCGAGCCUGAUGUGGUAGAGGCAUCGUCAUGGUCACCGUCUUGCCCCGCUCCACCCAGCCUGUCACCUUCCUCGUCCUCCUCGUCCACCUGGCAGCCGUUAUCUCAGCCUUCCCCACCGCCUUCUCCACCACGAUCACUCAUGCCGUUUCCCUUUCUCACUUCCGUACAGUACAUCUCCUCCAGUCAUUCACUCCGUAUUCAAGGCCAGCAUUUAAUGCAGUCCAUCUCCAGCAGCACCUCGCGAUUACUUGAAUUUUGGCUGGGAGCCCACGGUCCGCUAAAGGUGACCGAGCCCGAAAAUGACCCUCAUCAAGAUCUGUUUGUGGAACUGCCAAAUACCCACGAUCUACUGGUCGCUAAUCAUAACUUGUUAACCACGCAACCCGACGGCUCAAGGUAUCUGGAACUGCCAUUGUUGCUUGUACGCCACGACGGAAUAGCCUACCAUUCUGGAAAAGCACUAGCGUGUGACAUUGUUGAUGAUGCCGGUCGUUGGCAUGUCGUUGCGGCCACGAUGAGCUCUUAACUUUUUCUUUUUUGUAUAUGCCCUUUUGUAAAUAAGAAAUAUAUUGUCUCUCACAUCUACCCUUUUCUCCAAAGAUUGCCAUAUGGAGUAAUA